CAAGAGUUGAAAUAGAAGGAAGAAAAGGAGCUAGGAAGCUAUGGCACAAGAGGCAAGUUCACAGGUGGGAGUGUUCAGGAAGUUCAAACCUCACAUCCUCAUGGUUUUAGCUCAAAUGGGCUACACAUUUCUAUAUUUUAUCACAGAAGCUUCCUUCAACCAUGGAAUGAACCCUCAUGUCUACAUUACUUAUCGGCAUAUUGUUUCUGGUGUAGUGAUGCUCCCUUUUGCCUAUUUUCUUGAAAGAAAAGAAAGGCCAAAGCUCACAGUUGCCCUUUUCUUGGAACUUUUUGUUCUUUCUCUUCUAGGGGUAGGUUUGACUCUAAACAUGUACUUUGCAAGCUUAAGAUACACCUCUCCAACCUUCCUAGCAUCAAUGGUCAACACAAUAGCUUCUGUCACUUUUGUAAUUGCCGUUGCUCUCAGGUUGGAGGCUCUUAAUCUUCGAAAUCCUCGUGGGUUGGCAAAAGUUUUGGGCACCCUAGUCUCUUUAGCCGGAGUAAUGACCAUGACUUUGUACAAAGGACCUACUGUGAGAAAUCUAUGGAGUCCACUAAUCCAUAUUGAAGGAAAAUCCUCCAUCCAUGAGAACUGGUUGAAGGGUUCAAUUCUCACUGUUUGUAGCUGCAUAACUUGGUCUAUUUGGUACAUUAUGCAGGCAAUCACAUUGAAAAGAUAUCCUGCACAGCUGUCACUGACUACAUGGAUGAGCUUCAUAGGGGCAGCACAAUCAGCUGUAUUCACUGUGUGUAUUGAAUAUAAACGAGCUGCUUGGACCGUUGGAUUCAACAUUGACCUCUGGUCCAUUCUGUAUGCUGGAGUGGUGUGCUCUGGUCUAAUUAUCUUCAUUCAACUAUGGUGCACAGAAGAAAAAGGACCGGUCUUCGUGACCAUGUUCAAUCCUGUUUCAACAAUCUUAGUGGCAAUUCUAGCCUACUUUGUGCUUGGUGAAAGACUUUACAUCGGCAGCAUUUUAGGGGCAGCUAUUGUCAUUGUUGGCCUAUACUUGCUGUUGUGGGGCAAAGAAGGCGAUGAAGUUUACAUCAUUAAGUCUGAAGACUCUCCAUCGUAUCAGACAUACGAAGAAGAGAAAGAUGACAGAAUACGAACAAUUACUUCAGUCAAGAAGGAUGCUUUACAUGGUGAACCAUGA